CCGCUCAGCCGGAAUAGAUUUUUAUAUUGAUAUUAUUGUGAAGGUGAGAAGGAGGCUCUCACAAACCCAAAUCAUCACUCAACUCAAUUAUCAUAGUGAAAACAAACAAGGGCAAUUAUUUAUAAACUCAGUUCUUACCCCUGGGGGAGAAGUACAAAGAAAAAGGGGCAAUAACCAAUAUCUCUCCAAUUUGGUUAGUUAUCUUCCUCAACUACCAGACAAUUCAAAUAAGCUCAUAGCGUUUCCGUUUAGCAGCCGCAGUGAUGGCAACAUCGUCAAGUUCAUCGGUGAUGUCCGCAAUCCUUGUCCCUCAUAACCGAUGGGACUCUUCCAUUUCCAGAGGCCGGAGAAGCUUAGUUAGGGUUAACAUUCCUGUUCCCGCCGCUUCUGUUCCUUUGGCCCGUUUCCAUCCAACCGCUGCUGCUGCCCGGUGGCUAGGUGAUCUUAGAGAUGGAAAUUCUAUUGAGUUGGCAUACCAUAAUAGAAAUAAUAAUAGUAUGAGGCAGAUGAAGCUGAAGAAGAAGAAGAAGAGCGAUGCUCCCAAAGCAUGGAAAUGGAGUACCUCUGUCUCACACUCACAGCAGUUAAAGAAGUGGAUCCCAUGCUGUUCCUCCCUUAGCCGCAACUGCUACGGCGAGACAACCCCCUUUCCUCUCCCAAAAUCUGCGCAACCAUUUUUUCUCCAUAAAUCUCGUUUUCCUCUCGCUACCCACACAUUCAGCAGUUCUGGUAAGCGUUUCUGUUCUCCAUGUGCUACUGUUGGUCCCGAUGAACCACAUGCUGCAAGUACUACCUGUCCGGAUGGUCUUCUGGAAAAUCAGAAUUUUGAUUCAUUAUAUCCUCAAUUACAAACAUCUGAACUAGAGGAGUUUUUAUCCACUGAACUUCCUUCCAACCCAAAGUUACAUCGAGGACAAUUGAAAAAUGGCCUUCGCUACCUUAUUUUGCCAAAUAAAGUUCCACCAAACAGGUUUGAAGCACACAUGGAGGUUCAUGUGGGAUCGAUUGAUGAGGAAGAUGAUGAGCAAGGAAUAGCUCAUAUGAUUGAACAUGUUGCAUUCCUUGGAAGCAAGAAACGUGAAAAACUUCUUGGUACUGGGGCUCGCUCUAAUGCUUACACUGAUUUUCACCAUACAGUUUUUCACAUCCAUUCACCUACUUGUACCAAGGAUGCUGAUGAAGAUUUACUUCCACUUGUUCUGGAUGCUUUGAAUGAGAUAGCUUUCCAUCCGAAAUUCCUCUCUUCGCGGGUUGAAAAAGAGAGGCGUGCUAUACUUUCAGAAUUACAAAUGAUGAAUACAAUAGAGUACCGUGUUGACUGUCAGUUAUUACAACAUCUGCAUUCUGAAAACAAGCUAAGCAAAAGAUUUCCAAUUGGAUUAGAAGAGCAGAUCAAGAAGUGGGAUGCAGAUAAAAUAAGAAAAUUUCAUGAACGGUGGUAUUUUCCAGCUAAUGCAACUUUGUACAUUGUGGGGGACAUUGAUAAUAUCUCAAAGACAAUAAAUCAGAUUGAAGCUGUUUUUGAACAAACUGGCCUUGAAAAUGAGACGGCCUCACCGCCUACUUCUAGUGCAUUUGGUGCCAUGGCAAAUUUUCUAGUUCCGAAGCUCUCAGCUGGGUUUGCUGGAAGUUCAUCUCAUGAAAGAUCAUCUAAUUCUUCAGAUCAAUCUAAAAUUCUUAAAAAGGAAAGGCUUGCUGUUCGUCCUCCUAUAAAGCACAAUUGGUCUCUUCCUGGACAUAAUACCGACAUGAAGCCUCCACAAAUAUUUCAGCAUGAGCUGCUUCAAAAUUUUUCAAUUAACAUGUUCUGCAAGAUUCCUGUGAGCAAGGUUCGAACUUUCAGAGACUUGAGAAAUGUUCUGAUGAAAAGGAUAUUUCUGUCUGCCUUGCAUUUUCGUAUUAAUACAAGAUACAAGAGUUCAAAUCCACCGUUUACUUCAGUUGAGUUGGACCAUAGUGAUUCAGGAAGGGAAGGAUGCACUGUCACAACUCUUACGAUCACAGCAGAGCCCAAGAAUUGGCAGAAUGCAAUUAAGGUUGCUGUUCAAGAGGUUCGAAGGCUCAAGGAAUUUGGUGUUACUAAGGGUGAAUUGACUCGCUAUAUGGAUGCACUGCUAAAAGAUAGUGAACAGCUGUCAGCAAUGAUUGACAAUGUGUCAUCAGUUGACAAUUUGGAUUUUAUUAUGGAAAGUGAUGCACUGGGCCAUAUAGUUAUGGAUCAGAGACAAGGACAUGAGAGUUUGAUGGCUGUUGCUGGAACAGUUACUCUUGAUGAAGUCAACUCUAUUGGUGCUCUGGUAUUAGAAUUUAUCUCUGAUUUUGGAAAACCUACUGCACCCCUACCAGCAGCAGUUGUUGCGUGUGUUCCGAAGAAAGUCCACAUUGAUGGCCUUGGUGAAACUGAAUUCAAGAUAACCGCAAGUGAGAUCAUAUCUUCUAUAGAAUCAGGAUUGAAAGAACCUAUUGAAGCUGAGCCUGAGCUUGAGGUGCCGAAAGAAUUAUUAUCUCCACAGCAGUUGCAGGAGUUAAGAAUGCAGCAGAAGCCUUCUUUUAUUCCUCUUAGUCCUGAAAUAAAUGUCACAAAAUUGCACGACAAGGAAACAGGGAUUACUCAAUGCCGUCUUUCUAAUGGAAUUCCUGUAAAUUAUAAAAUAUCAAAGAAUGAAACCAGGGGAGGUGUAAUGCGUCUCAUAGUUGGUGGGGGAAGAGCUGCUGAAACUUCUGGUUCUAAAGGAGCGGUAGUAGUUGGUGUCCGAACUCUCAGUGAAGGUGGUCGAGUUGGCAACUUCUCAAGGGAACAGGUAGAACUUUUUUGUGUGAAUCACCUGAUAAAUUGCUCCUUGGAGUCCACUGAGGAAUUCAUUUCGAUGGAGUUCCGUUUUACAUUGAGAGACAAUGGGAUGCAUGCUGCUUUCCAGUUACUUCAUAUGGUGCUUGAGCAUAGUGUCUGGCUUGAGGAUGCAUUCGAUAGGGCUAGACAACUGUAUUUGUCUUACUAUCGGUCUAUUCCAAAGAGUUUGGAACGCUCAACUGCUCACAAACUCAUGUUGGCAAUGAUGGAUGGUGAUGAGCGCUUUGUUGAACCUACUCCAAAAUCAUUACAAAAUUUAACACUCAAAUCUGUAAAAGAUGCUGUGAUGAAUCAGUUUGUAGCUGAUAAUAUGGAGGUAAGUAUUGUAGGGGACUUCUCACAGGAGGAGAUUGAGUCUUGUAUUCUGGAUUAUCUGGGAACAGUUAGAGCAUCAAGAGACUCUGAAAGAGAGCCUGAAUUUAGUCCAAUCUUGUUUCGAACUUCUCCAUCUGACUUGCAGUUUCAACAAGUAUUUUUGAAGGACACCGAUGAAAGGGCUUGUGCAUAUAUCGCAGGCCCUGCACCUAACCGUUGGGGUUUUACAAUUGAUGGGAAAGACCUAUUGGAGUCAGUUGCUGAUAUUCCAAUUACUGAUGAAGCACAACUCCAUUCCGAGGAGGGAAACAAUGUUCAGAAGGAUCUGCGAAGAAAGCUUCGUGAGCAUCCACUUUUCUUUGGCAUAACAAUGGGGCUGCUAGCUGAGGUUAUAAAUUCUAGGCUUUUUACAACCGUCCGGGACUCCCUUGGGUUAACAUAUGAUGUAUCAUUUGAGUUGAACUUGUUUGAUCGACUUAAGCUUGGAUGGUAUGUCAUAUCUGUAACAUCAACUCCAAGCAAGGUAUAUAAAGCUGUUGAUGCUUGCAAGAAUGUUCUUAGAGGUUUGCACUCCAACAAGGUUGCUCCACGGGAACUGGAGAGGGCAAAGAGGACUCUUUUAAUGAGACACGAAGCAGAAAUAAAGUCAAAUGCAUAUUGGCUAGGAUUGUUGGCUCACCUACAAGCUUCCUCGGUUCCUAGAAAGGACAUAUCAUGCGUCAAAGAGCUUACUUCUCUAUACGAGGCUGCUUCUAUUGAGGACAUCUACCUUGCUUACGACCAGCUGAAAGUGGACGAAGAUUCUUUAUACUCAUGUAUUGGAAUUGCAGGGGUUAAUGCCGGUGAAGGUGCUAUGGCUUCCUUAGAAGAGGAGGAAUCAAACGAAGGGUUUCAAGGAGUUAUUCCUGUAGGGCGUGGUUUAUCUACCAUGACAAGGCCAACAACAUGAACCUCUUUGAUGCCAUUUGCUGUUGUGUCGGCAAAAAGGUGGGUUUAAAGCAACGAUGGGAAAUCUCUCCCAAGUGGAAGCGUUGAGGAGGAUUAUUCGAGGAUCAACGCAACAAAUUAAAUAUGGAAUCAAGCCAACCAUGAAGAUGCUGCUAUAUGUAUGUCAAUGUCACACAUUGAAAUGUAAUUACAUGAUUUUGAUACCAACAGGCUUUGUAUUCUUUGGGAAUUUUGGCUGAAUAAAGCUCCUAAUCAAAUAGAUAUUACGAAAAAUAA